AUGCUUCUCAGCCCUCAACACAAAUUCAUCAUCUACUUCUUCCCUUUCCUCACACCAUCUAUAUACGCACAAACCACACAAAUAUGUGAUUCCACAAAUGCAACAACGAAUUCUGGAAGAUACACAUUUUUCCCAGAUAUCACAACAACUGAUAAAAGUGGAUAUCAAUGUACAGAUGUGAGUUGUCCUCUCCAAGAAGAGAUGAGAACGGUAAAAACUAACCUCAUCCUUUUCAAGUUCUCCCUCGCCGACGAAAAUAGCGGUAGCGUAGGUUCAACAACUCAAUUCAACACCACUUUUUCCUGGUCCUCCUCCCCCGAUAUCCCGGCCCCGCCCUCCUUCCCCUCCCUAACCCUCAAUCUCCCCUCUAUCCUCCCCAUUGCCAUCUCCAACAUCUCUCUCUUCCCCCUCACCAACAACUGGGCUCUCUACCCCGGCAACCCUCUCCACACCAUCUCCGCCACCACCCCCGAUUCCCUACUAAACGCAUCCGUCAUCGCAGCUUGCUACCUUAACAUCUAUCUCGAUCUCGAACCGUCCCUCUCCCUCGACAAAAGAUUCUCCGCCACCAAAAUCUCCAUCUGGCAAGCCAACUACGGAGGCUUAAUUCCCCUAGGUUACAACGACACCACAUCCACAAUCACCAGACCGGUCAUAAAUCUUGCGGGAAUCUCAUAUACUCUCUACGUAUCGCAAACCUCCCCAUCAACUUCUUCUUCCCCUUCGAAUUCGAAUUCCUCCACAAUAGUAAACGAUGAACCGCAAGUCCCACAAACAAUAUACACAUGGUUUCCUUCCGUCAACGCCACCACCCUCACCGCAAUGGAUAUCUCCCCCCUGCUCAAUUAUCUCUGGAGAGAAGUAUAUAUUUCGAGUAACACGUAUGUGGGAUUUGUAGAGUGGGGAUUAGAUGCGAGAAAUAGUAUUGGGAAUGUAACGUGGAGUGUGUAUGAGACGGGGAUGACUGUCAAACCAGGGACGCCGGUCAGGGCGGUGGGGAUGGGGAGGAGGAAAGAAGUGGGGAGGGGAGAGAUGCUGGCGUUGGUGGGGUUGUUUGUGGGGGCUGUGGUAUUGUUUGGGUAG